CCGCAGCCCGUACCCGGCACCGCGGGAAGGAACUACUACAAUAUCUGGCUUAGGUUUAGAUAGUGUACCUAAUGUACCUAAAUAUUACCUAAACGCCGGGGCCAACUGCCAACUCGCUACACUACUCGCUACCUUGUUACUCGCUAUUUGCUACUCAUUAUGUAUGUAUAUACAUACAUACCUAGCCGUCAAUCAAUUAAUCCUCGACAUCCCUUCCCCCCCCCCCAUAAAAUCACCCUCAUUGGGUCAAACUCCUCGACCACUUAUCACAAACCAAACUGUCUUAUACGUAAUAUAUUAACUAGUUAGGUACAUACAAACAAACAGCCUACCACUACCACUACCACUGACCGACGACACAUUUCCGGCAUACCGAGACAAGAAAAGAACAGAACGCACAUUAGCUUCGCCAGGGCGCCCCGGUUUCCCAAAAAAAAAUAAAAAAAAUCCCACCAAUACACACACACAUACCUACCUAUCUUCCAAGUCCAGAGCAGUGGGGGGAGCAAAGCUGUCCAGUCUAAUCUAAAUCUAAUAAUGAGCAAUCAUCACCAGGUUCCUACCGGCGGCUACACCCCUGGCGGAGCCGUGGCAGUUGGAGUUGGAGUUGGAGCUGGAGUCCCGGACGACGAGUUCACGGCCGAGAUGAGGGACCGACAGGCUCGGGGGAAGGAUCCAUACGAGUCGUCCGAUGCUAGCAGCGAUUGGGGUCUCGAGGGGAAUAGGAAGUAUCGGGCUGGAGGCGGCAAAGACGAGUCCUACGCCGUACUCGAGCGUCGCCGCGUAGCCGCCCAAGUUCUAGAUAGCCCGGAACUACUAAUGAUGGCAGCGCAGCGGGACAACGAGAGCAUACCGGCUACCCGGCUCCGCUACACCCGCAUGCUAUGCGGUUUCGAGGAGCCGCCGCAGCCGCAGUCCGCGCGUAAGAAGUCGCACCGCAGCGGUGGUAGCGAUUCCUCACGCGCGCCGGGAGGGUCGACGCCUAGUCGUUCGAGCAGGAAGGAGGCUCGGUGAAGUAUGGGUAGUUGGGAAGUUGGGUUGGUGGCGGCGGUAGAGAAGAACGAGAGGAGCGGUGUCUAAUUCGGUUGUUUGGAUAGUUGGGCGUUGCCUGUGUCUGUUGGAUCAUGAGAUCUAUUAGCUCGACGUGAAGAAAUCUGUUGACCCUACAUUAUAUAGUUAGAGGGUGAAGUCUAGCGGGAGUAAUAAAAGGGGAAAGAAAGGGGGGCGUUAUGAUGUAGGCACAACGGCGUCGAGAGAAUAUGGUUUGUCCUCUCCUCGAGCAACUAUAUCUAUAAUAUAUCACCGGUGAGGGAUAGACAACAUUUAUCCCAAGCCAUUGGGCAGCAAGAAUCUUAGCGUAGACGCACGGGGUACCUAGGGAACGGGCCAUCUGUGAAGUUUUACU